UGGUGUGUGAUAAAUUAAGGCCAUUUUUGUCUCCUCAUUUGUUGUCCUUGUCCGUAAAAGGAGACCGCCUACUAACCAUCCCUCUCCAUUACAUUUCUUCUUCUUCUUUGCAUCUCUAAAGCAAACAAAAGAGGAAAAAAAAAAAAAACGAUGAAGAAACCGCAAAAUAGCUAUACAGAGGUGAAGAGCCAUCGUCCGUACAUUGCAGAGAAGCCUUGGUUCAUCGCUGUUCUCAUUGCUGCCUCCUUCACCGCUGCUCUUCUCAUCGCCGGGAGCUUUACAGGCUCAUCUUCCCGCUCCUUCUUAUGCUCCUUAACUGGCUCGUACCAAACAUCAACAGCAGAGGACUACACAACCACCCCAACACAACUGGAAACCAUUCUCCACUACGCCACAUCGCGCGUGGUACCUCAACAAUCAAUAGACGAAAUCACUCUUUCCUUUGACGUUCUCAAAACCCUAGCCCCAUGCAAUUUCCUCGUCUUCGGACUCGGCCAUGAUUCCCAAAUGUGGAACUCACUUAAUCCACGUGGCACCACCAUAUUCCUAGAGGAAGAUCCAAAGUGGGUCCAUGCAGUUGUCCAAGGAGCUCCAUAUCUACGCGCCUACGUCGUAAAGUACCCAACGCAGCUGAAAGAGGCCGACAAGCUUCUCUCAUUUUACAAGAAAGAGAAAGAGUGCAUGCCGCCGGACGUCCGCUUGAAAGGUAACACCCGGUGCAAGUUAGCGCUGAGCAUGUUACCGGAGGAGGUGUUGAAUAAAGAAUGGGAUGUGAUAAUGAUAGACGCGCCAAGAGGGUAUUUCGCAGAGGCACCGGGGAGGAUGGGGGCAAUAUUUUCAGCUGCGGUGAUGGCGCGUGGAAGAACGCGUCCGGGUGUGACUCAUGUAUACUUGCAUGAUGUGGAUAGAAAGGUAGAGAAAACUUAUGCAGAGGAGUUUCUGUGCAAGAAAUAUUUGGUGAAGGGUGUGCAGAGGCUUUGGCAUUUUGAGAUUCCACCUCUCUCUAAUAGGAGCAGUAGUGAUGCUGCUGCUUCUAGUUUUUGCUAAACUUGGAGAUACAAAAUUUUGUUUUGUUCUUCUUGACAAAAAUUUUCAUUUGUUAGUUUUGCCACCAAUAUAGAAAAUUUUUAUUUUAUA